AUGCCGGGCAACAGCGGCACCUCGAUGCGAUUGUUAUCCGGACUGUUGGCGGGCCAGGAGUUCCUGUCGGUGCUCACCGGCGAUGCCUCGUUGCGCACCCGACCCAUGGGUCGCAUCGUCCAGCCGCUGCAACAGAUGGGCGCCUCCAUCAUGGGUCGCCACGGUGACACCCUCGCCCCGCUGGCGAUUCGGGGCGGAAACCUGCGUCCCAUCGAAUACGACAUGCCGGUGGCCAGCGCCCAGGUGAAAUCGUGCCUGAUGCUCGCCGGACUUUCCGCCACUGGCCCCACCGUGCUCCACCAACCAGCCCUGUCCCGCGACCAUACAGAACGCAUGAUGGCCGCCAUGGGGGCCCAGGUUAAUUCGGACGGCCUGGCCCUCACGCUGAUUCCCACCACCCUCAAAGCCGUCGACGUGGCGGUUCCCGGCGAUAUCUCCUCGGCGGCAUUCUGGAUGGUGGCCGGUCUGAUCCACCCCAACGCCAGGGUUACCAUCACCGGCGUAGGUCUCAACCCAAGCCGGGCCGGCAUCAUCGAUGCGCUCCAAAUGAUGGGAGCCGGCGAUUGCCUCCGGCUGGAAAACCAGCGCACCGAGGGAGGAGAGCCGGUCGCCGACGUCGUGGCGACUUCUGCCAGUUUGCAGGCCAUCGAACUGGGCGGCGAGAUUAUUCCGAUCAUGAUCGACGAGUUGCCUGUUUUGGCCGUAGCGGCCUGCUUCGCCCGCGGGCAAACCGUUUUCCGGGACGCGGCUGAACUCCGGGUGAAAGAAUCCGACCGCAUCGAAACAACCGUAUCUGAACUCCGGCGCAUGGGAGCUGACAUUGACCCGCGCGAAGAUGGCAUGGUUAUUCGGGGCGUUUCCAAGCUCACCGGCACGGACGUGGAGAGUCACGGCGACCAUCGGUUGGCAAUGUCGCUCGCGGUGGCGGGGUUGGCUGCGGCCGGAACAACAACGAUUCACGGCUCCGAGGACGCGUCGGUUUCCUACCCGAAUUUCUGGGAACAUCUCAGGUCAAUCACCAACGGAUGA